UUAUUGUUUAGCUAUACAAUUUAAAAACAUUUAAUGUUAUCUAUACAAUUAGUUUAACUUAUGCAUACAGCUUUGCAACUGUUGACUGAAAUGGGAUGGAUAACUACAUCCAUAUAGAUAGCAAUAUAUACUAUAUUACUGAAAAUAUACCCGGUCCCAGUGAUUUUACCUCUGAAUAUAACACACUUAUUGAUGCUUUUAAUUCACAAAUAACCCGUUGCUGUCUAUGUAUAUUAUGUUCAAAUGAUUGUCCCUGUGUGUCCACUUAUAGAAACAAAAACCAUUUAGAUCAGUUUAAUGAUUUUGAGUCGGUAAUUUCUCUAUCAGAAUGUAAUGAUUGCUGUUCUUGCUCUAACAUUUGUAACAAUCGCACUGUUCAAAGAGGCCCUAUUGAAAAUCUUUACAUUAAGGAAUGUGAAUUAAAAGGAUAUGGUUUGUUUUGUAAAGAAUUUAUUUCGAAGGGUUCUUUUAUUUGUGAAUAUGCUGGUGAGAUUUUGACUAAAUCUGAAGCAGAUAGAAGGCACCAUUCUAAUAGCUUACAAAAUAAAAUGAAUUACAUACUAAGUUUAAAGGAAAUUGUUGAUGAUAAAAUCAUUGAAACAUAUGUAGAUCCUAGUAUGUUUGGUAAUAUUGGGCGAUAUAUAAAUCAUUGUUGUGAACCAAAUUCAAUUAUGAUACCCAUUCGUGUCAAUUCUAUGAUACCAAAAUUAGCUCUAUUCAGUUGUUUGAAUAUUGAACCUCAUACAGAAAUAACAUUUAAUUAUGGUGCCAAUAAUAAAAUUUUGCCUCAACAAUUCAAAGUAGACAGAAAGAAAUGUUUAUGUAAUAGCUCUAACUGUCUUGGUUACUUGCCUUUUGAUCCAUAGAAUUAAUUAUUUAAGGAAUAUUAAUAUAUAUUUUAAAAUGUUGAAAUAGGUAAUCAGGAAUGCUUUCUGUCUUUUUCUUACUAGUUAUAUGUUUAUGCAAUAACUUUGAUACAAUUUUUUGUAAGGAAGAUACUCAUGGCCAAG